AUGUUAUCCUGGGCAAACGAUAUCGUCACUCUCCGCUACGCCUUCGGGAGAGUUGAGCGAAUCGACGCUGCGACUCACUCCCCGACUGAGAAGGAGGAGAACAUGCAGCAGUACCUCAAAGUCAUCAAACGAGUACUUAGAAAGCGCCCUCUGCACAUCCUCCUUCGUGCACCUCACGACAUACAACUCGAGACGAAGGCCUCGCCGUCAGCUUCGGCCUCGGCUAGCAUAAUCAUCGAAGCGAUCAUCGUCCUCAAGUCCCUGCAUAAGGUUGAAAUAGAUAGCCUUAGCUCCCUCUGGACAUUCGACGACAGCGUAUGGACACACGCUGUCCGCUGGAUUCACUAUCUCUUCCCUAUCCGCGACUUCUCCGACUAUCUUCCCUGGGCGGACUCGACAUCGGAGUCCGCGACGCAUGCAAUCUUCGGCGUCCUCGAUAGCAUUACAAGGCUCCCCGAAUUGACAGCGCUAGACGUGCUCACCGCUAACGACGGACACGUCCUCAACCUGCUCUUCGCGCUCUGGAUCCGCUGGCCGAGUCGCUUUCCCAACAACUCCUGCACGCACAUGAACUGCCAUAACGCGUUCUACAGCGUCUGGCGGUGCUUUGCGCCUUUCCUCGACGAAGACGUGAUCCUGGCGCCGAUCCGGCGCAUGACAGGCGCGCGACCGAAACGCCUAUCUCGCCUCUGCGGCGCGCACCUGAACAUGAUCGCAGCAAUGAGUGACACGGGUCGCGAGUUCAUUCCAGAACAGCUCGAGCUCAUGGCUGCGCUCACGCGCGGGGGGCGAUCCGCGCUCUCCAGGUCGUUCAUGGCAGCCCUCGUCAAGGCCCUCAACGCCAACGCUCCGCAUUCUCAUAACGCGUGGGGAACCUCCCUGCACGUCCUGCACCAUCUCUGCUCCCGCUCGGACCAUGAUUUGCUCUCCGCGACGAAGCGUGGUCUCCUCCCGCUGCUCUUACACGCGCGGCGCGUUUGUGACGAAUGCUCGAGGCGACGGCCCGAUUCCUAUGGUCAUUGUCAGGAUAUUGACGUCACAGGCCUGCUAUUGAUGCUCAUUGGCGAUAGCCUGUCUGUCCGUCGGGCCGUGCAGGGCUUGCACGAAGCGCGGAGGCUAUAUGCUACGCGCAUGCCGGACAUGCCUCUACGCGAGGACGAACAAGCGCUCCUCACGUUAUGCGAGCAGCGCUACUCUCUGCUCCAGCUCGCGGAUCGGGAGUGGCCGCAGAUCGCUGUCUGCAGCAACCCGGAGGUGCGUCCCGCGCUUGUUGUACUCGAAGGAAUGACAACGCUGCCCAGUGCUCAACUGUCCGAGGAGCCCCUAUGCGCUCUUGCCCUUGCGGAGAGGUCCUCUUCUGCUCGAAGCAGUGCCAGCGGACUCACUGGGACAACGGCGAGCACCGCGCUGCAUGUGCCAGUAAACUCUUUCCCUCCGACGGUAGCCCAUCCGAGCACCACGACUCCCCUGCGUGCCAAGGACGCACACUACCUCGCUGUCAUCGCGCGCGCCUACAUCGAGGGGCACUACAUGGACAUCAUCAAGCGGUUCGGCAUCACCACCAAUGCAUACUACUAUCUGCGCGUCGACAUAAGCCUGCUCCGCAUGCGCGAAAACCUCCUCAGCGUCUCCCCUGGACCUGACGCGCCGGCUGGCUCGGAUCCUUGCCGGUCUCCGACGAUGGCCGUGCAUAUACUGCACAUGCGAGGGAACGUUAUGGAAACUCGUGUAGCUUGGCUCACUCCGCGUACUGCGGCGCGGCGCGUUCCGAAGGAGGUCUUCCCGCGAGUUAUGGAUAUAUCCUAUGAUCCUCCUCCUGCGCUCUGCGGCUGA